AUGACGACCGCCAAACACAGCAGGCGGACCACACUGGCUAUCAGCCUGCUCCUGACGAGCUACGCAAACGCACAAGCAGCAAUGCCUGAGGCCUCGAAAACAGCUAGUCCAACCCUCCUUUCAGCAGCAAUACAGGGCGGAUCGCUAGGCAUUUCGUCAGUCACUGUGGCUACGGGCAUCGCUGCGAGUGCGGCUGCUUCGGCCACUAGCGUUAUCAUGUCAAAUGCUCAGGCAGCAACGAGCACGGCUGCCACUGUCGUCACAACAAGCGUGGCAGCAGUCUCUGGUGGUGCAGGUGGCUUGAUACCGGACAACAUGAGCGAGUCAUGUACCAACUUUCUCGUCGCAUUCAACGAAGAUCCCGUCUUUGCAUCGUGCUCUGCGCCAUUACUCAGUGCCAUCUCGGCAUUCGCACCGGCGAGCACGACAACAGUGAGCAAUACUUUGGCAGACUCGAGCGUGACCGCUUUCUGCGCAACGAGUUCAUCCAGCGGCUGCUCAGAUUCGGCAGUGCGAUCGGCGCUCAACCAGUUCAGCACGAAUUGCACGACUGAACUCAAUUCGCCCUCGGGCGAUAAUCUGCUCGUCAAGACGCUCUACGAUGCUGUCUAUCUCCUCAAUCCUUUCCGGACCGCACUGUGCACUCUCGAUUCUGCAACCGGCAAGAGCUGCGCCUUUUCGCAAACGUCAGCCUCGGCAGCGACAGCCAAUCUCACGCAAAGUAGCGCUGCCGUCUUGCUCGUGCAGGAUCAGGCCAGCUUUGACGUCAGCACGCUCUAUUACCGCGUGCCUCAAGAUGCAAUCUCAGCAGGAAGCUGGUCGACGGUCUCGUCGAACAAGACAACGCAUACAAAAUCGCACGACAAGCGUUCGCAUGCACACCACCACGAGCUCGCCAAACGCCAAGAAGCAGCAGCAACGGACACUGCGAGCGCAGCAACGACUACUGCUACAGGCUCAUUGUUACCCAAUGGCACGACCUUUCGCACUCUGGCUCUACCCUUCUUGCAGCUCUCGCUGUCAACGAGCACAGGCAACGCAUCGUGCACAGAAUGUGCGCAGAGUGUCUUGGCAUCCUACAUCGCUUGGGAAAAGUCACAGCCGUAUGUGAUUGGCUUGGGCAAUUCAGACAUGCUGGGAGGUCAGUCGGCGCUCUGGCGUCAAGUCAGCACAUCCUGCGGAACACACUUUACCACUACCAUCAACAAGAACGCGGGCAUCACGUCGUUCUUGACCGGCUCGGCGCCAAUGGCGCCGCAUGUCCAUGGCGCUCUGGCAUUCCUGAUACUCUCGUUGCUUCCGAUCAUAUUCACGCUCGCAUAG